AUGACGAGGGGAACUCGCACUGUGGAGACAGUGGCUAUUGUGUUGCAGUUUCUGCAACAUCAGAGCGGGUGUUUCUCUCACUCUAGGUGGAAGACACCUCGGAAAGAAGUGAAGGGCAUUGUGGACCCCUCCUUACUGCCGCCACGGCUGCAGCUGCAGCCAGUCAGCGUAUGUUUGUAUAUUGGCAAGAAAGAGCUCAAGGAUUCUCCUUUGUCCAGUAAAGAACACAAACCUAUUGGUCUAGACAUGGAGUAUAACUUGAUUGGCACGGAUUUUGUGAAGCCGACACCUCGCUCAUUGAGCAGUGACCCGAAGGGGCACGCCGUCCUGUCAAAAGCUUUGAGAACAGAAAGCGAAUAG